AUGGCCGUGACGGAGUUUGCACUCCUCCAGUUCAAGGAGCCGUUGUCUGAGGAGCUCAAGGAACUCAUGGACUACUUACAGACGGUCCAGGACACCUGGGUCCUGCGCCAGAAGCCAGGCCUCCCGCCCACCCGGAUAGACCGCGGCACCGCCAUCCUCCAGCAGGUUGAGGACCCAAGCGUGAUCUUGUUGGCCGCGCAGUGGGACUCGCCGCAGGCACACGGCGAGUGGAUCGCGUCGCCUGAAAACCAGAACGUCAUGGCUAAAUUGACGCCGCAUAUCCACGUCGAAGGCCCGCGGAGCGUCUUAUUCUUCCACAUGGACGCGCCCAUCUUUGCGAAGCCGGUGACGCAGGCGGCUGCGGCCGAGGGUGAACCUGCGGGCGGUGACGCCGCGGCAGAGACAGGAAGCAAGACAGAGACCGACGGGGAGGCGGCGGGGACGGAGGCGGCGUCCAAGGACAAACAACCGGAAGUACCGGCCGCAGCACCGGAGGAAGAGAGCAAAGCCGAGGGAAAGAAGAAGGCGGAGGACGAGCCCCCCUCGCUGCUCACGGCGCCGGUUCUUAGCGUCGGUCGCUUCGGCGUGCGGUCGGAGAAGAAGGAGGCCUUCAUCAAGAAGUAUGCCGAGGCGAAGUGGGUCGUCGAGGAAGCCGCGAAGCCGUACCCGGUCCGGGGCGCGUGGCGGAUCGAGAGGGCAGCCGAGGACCUCGAGGAGUUUGUCAUGUACUGCGGGUGGUCAACGGUCGAGCAGCACAAGGCGAUUGCGCAGCACGAGGGGUUCAAGGAGUGGGCUGGAAUUCAGGAGUUUGUAACGGGGACGGACAUCUGGCAUUACCAGCGCAUCAUGUAG